AUGAACAUACGCCCAGCAACACCGUACGACCUUACUGGGAUGCAGAACACAAACCUCAUGAACCUCCCAGAGAACUACAACAUAAAAUACUACCUUUAUCACGCCCUCACUUGGCCUCAAUUAUCAUACGUAGCAGAAGAUCACAAAGGCCGAGUCGUCGGCUACAUCUUAGGAAAAAUGAACGAUGAUAUGGACAACAAACCUGGACAGCUGCCAAACGGUCACGUAACCUCGAUCUCCGUCUUGAGAUCGUAUAGAAGGCUAGGUUUAGCUCAAAAGUUGAUGAAACAAUCUCAAACUGCUAUGAAAGACGCCUUUAACGCUGCAUACGUUAGCCUCCACGUCCGUAAAACCAAUAGAGCUGCUAUCGGCCUUUACAGAGACACUCUUGGUUUCGAAGUGUGGGAAGUUGAAAGAGGCUACUAUGCGGAUAAAGAAGAUGCUUUAGGUAUGAGACUCUGGUUAGACCAAGACGCUAAAGCUAGAGAAGAAGCCAAGAAGAAUAAAAACUAA